AGACCAACUUCAGCCUUAGACCAAACCAAACUCUUUUUGCGUUACUUUUGUGACCUCUCUGAUUCUCUUAUCCAAAUGUCAAUAUCGAGUAUGUAGAUGAAUUCAUUUCAGGACAUUUAUUGAAGCAUUGGAGUCAGUUUGUGCUUUCUGCAAACUGUUGGAUGUGUUGGAGUGAAUAGAGAAGCAGGUGCAUCGCUCGAAAAUAAAUCUGAUCAUUCGCAACAAUGAAACGCAAUAAGCAUCGCGCUUCAAAGGACGAUGGAAAAGCUCAAGAUGAACCAGCAAUACUGGAGACAGAAGACAUGAGAAUGCCAGACCCUGACACAAUCUCACUAGCAUCAGUAACAGCCGUCACAACCAAUGUCUCCAAUAAAAGAUCAAAGCCUGAUAUCAAGAUUGAACCGAGUGCUGGAAGACCAAUGGAUUUCCAAGUUAGUGUUACUGUCAUAGAGGCCAGACAGCUGGUGGGUUUGAACAUGGAUCCAGUGGUGUGUGUAGAAAUUGGAGAUGAUAAAAAGUACACUUCAAUGAAGGAGUCCACUAACUGCCCUUACUACAACGAGUAUUUUGUUUUUGAUUUCCACGUUCCUCCUGAUGUCAUGUUUGACAAGAUCCUGAAAAUAUCUGUCAUCCACUCGAAAAAUCUUUUGCGAAGUGGAACGCUUGUGGGAAGCUUCAAGCUUGAUGUGGGCACAAUAUAUUCCCAACCUGAACAUCAGUUCUUCCACAAAUGGGCCACCUUAUGUGACCCUGAUGACAUCACAGCAGGAUGCAAAGGCUAUGUCAAGUGUGAUGUUGCAGUUGUUGCUAAGGGUGACACAAUCAAAACUCCACACAAAGCACAUGAGACGGACGAGGAUGACAUUGAGGGAAAUCUUUUGAUUCCAGAAGACGUUCCAGCUGAGCGUCAGUGGGCAAGGUUCUACUUGAAGAUCUAUCGAGCUGAAGGAUUACCCAAAAUGAACACCAGCAUCAUGGCUAACGUCAAGAAAGCAUUCAUUGGAGAAAACAAGGACCUGGUGGAUCCAUAUGUGCAGGUUCUGUUUGCAGGACAGAAGGGAAAAACAUCCAUUCAGAAGAGCAGUUAUGAGCCCAUCUGGAACGAGCAGAUCGUUUUCACCGAGCAGUUUCCUCCUCUCUGUCGCAGAAUGAAAGUUCAGAUACGUGACUCAGAUAAAGUCAAUGAUGUGGCCAUAGGAACACACUUCAUUGACCUGCGGAAGAUUGCUAAUGAUGGAGACAAAGGUUUUCUUCCAACCCUCGGGCCAGCCUGGGUCAACAUGUACGGCUCUACACGCAGUUACACCUUGAUGGAUGAGUAUCAGGACCUGAAUGAAGGUUUAGGGGAGGGGGUUUCAUUCCGGGCCCGGCUCCUCAUCAGUCUGGCUGUGGAGAUACUGGACACCUCCUCUCCUGAUGUAAUGAGCUCCACGGAGGUGCAGGUGGAGGGGAUACCCAACAUCUCAGAUAACGCCACAGGAAAGAUUGAGGAAUUCUUUCUCUUCGGAAGUUUCCUCGAGGCAACCAUGAUCGACAGGAAGAUCGGAGACAAACCCAUCAACUUUGAGGUUACCAUAGGAAACUACGGCAGUGAGCUUGAUACUCCAACUAGGCCAAAGACAAGGAAGAAGAAAGGAGAUGGAGAUGAUGAAGAGUCUGAGUUGAUUCAUGGCUCCAGUGAUGAAGAGGUGGAUACUGAUGGAGAGAUGAUGUCAGUUUCCACCACCCCUCCAAUGAAGCCCGUCAUCACCGACAGGAAUUAUUUCCACCUGCCCUAUUUUGAGAGGAAACCCUGUAUCUACAUCAAGAGCUGGUGGCAGGACCAAAGACGACGACUUUAUAAUUCAAACAUCAUGGACAACAUUGCAGAUAAACUGGAAGAUGGAUUAAAUGAUGUUCUGGAGAUCAUUAAAACAGAGAAAGCGUAUCCUGAGCGUAGACUCAGAGGAGUACUGGAGGAACUCAGCAUCAGCUGCAGUACCUUCGUAACUUUGUCGAACAAUGACCAGAACCAGACAGGAAAGACUAAACUGGACCGGGAGAGAUUGAAGUCCUGCAUGCACGAGCUGGAGAACAUGGGCCAGCAAGCAAAGACCAUGAGAUCCCAGGUGAAGAAAAGCAACGUCAGAGACAAAAUAAAGCUGGCACAGAACUUCCUUCAGAAGCUCAGGUUCCUGUCUGAUGAGCCUCAACACAGCAUUCCAGACAUUUACAUAUGGAUGAUAAGCAACAACAAGCGCAUCGCGUAUGCUCGUGUUCCCUCCAAAGACAUCCUUUACUCUCCUGUUGAUGAAGAAAGAGGAAAGGACUGCGGGAAACUCCAGACCAUCUUCUUCAAGCUCCCCGGUAAGAAAAGUUUCGGACCUGCGGGUUGGACGGUUCAGGCCAAAACUGAGCUGUAUCUGUGGUUGGGUCUGACCAGACAGCGCAAGGAUUAUCUGAGUGGAUUACCCAACGGGUUUGAGGAAUACAAAGGUCAAGGGAUGCAGUCAUCUCCCCCCAUCAGCCUGGUGUACACCAUGAAACAGAUCUUCCAGCUGAGGGUUCACAUGUAUCAAGCUCGCAGUCUGUUUGCGGCGGACAGCACCGGACUGUCGGACCCUUUCGCACGGGUUUUCUUUUCCUCUCACAGCCAAGUAACAGAGAUCCUGAAUGAGACCCUGUGUCCCACAUGGGAUCAGCUGUUGGUGUUUGAUAAUGUGGAGCUGUACGGUGAGGCAGGUGAACUGAGAGAUGAUCCACCGGUCAUUGUCAUUGAAGUCUAUGACCAGGACACUGUUGGUAAAGCUGAUUUUAUGGGUCGCACGUUCGCUAAACCUAUAACCAAGAUGUCAGAUGAGCAUUACGGACCUCCACGAUUCCCACCUCAGCUAGAGUAUUACCAGAUAUACCGCGGGAACUGCACCGCCGGAGAAAUGCUCGCAGCCUUUGAACUGCUGCAGAUUGGACCAGGUGGAAAGGCUGAUCUGCCUCCCAUAGAUGGACCUGCAGAUAUUGAUCGUGGUCCAAUCCUGCCUGUUCCUAUUGGCAUUAGACCUGUCUUAAGUAAAUACAGAAUUGAGGUGUUGUUUUGGGGUCUGAGGGAUCUGAAGCGUGUUAAUCUUGCACAAGUGGAUCGUCCCCGUGUGGACAUUGAGUGUGCGGGGAAAGGCGUCCAAUCGUCUCUGAUUCAAAACUACAAGAAAAAUCCCAAUUUUAGCACACUGGUGAAGUGGUUUGAAGUGGAUCUGCCUGAAAAUGAGCUUCUACAUCCACCUCUGAACAUUCGAGUGGUGGACUGCAGGGCUUUCGGACGAUACACGCUGGUCGGCUCGCACGCCGUCACAACUCUGCGCAAGUUCAUUUACAGACCGGCAGAGAAGAGUGUCAAUAACUGGUCUGCUAUGGAAGAGGUUGUUAUUCACACAGAACCAGAACCAUCCUUCAAAAAGAUGGAGACAGUGGUCAAACUGGACUCAGCGUCUGAUGCUGUGGUGAAGGUUGAUAUGGAUGACGAGAAAGGUGAAAAAGGCAAAAAGAAACGUAAGAAAGGCGAGGAGCCGGAGGAGGAGGAGCUGGACGAGAGCAUGCUGGACUGGUGGUCAAAAUACUUUGCUUCGAUUGACACACUUACAGAAAAACUUAAAGCACAAGAAGCUGAGCCUGAAGAGAAAGAAGAUCUGGAGUCUGGAGAGGGAGCAGGCAAGAAGAAGCGAGGGAAAGGAAAGAGCAAGCCAGCGUCUGCAGACGCUACACCAGAAAAGAAGAAGCAGAAGAUUGGAGAGCUAAAGGUUUACAAUAGAGAGCUUGAGACUGAAUUUGGCAGUUUUGAGGACUGGCUUCAUACCUUUAACCUGUACAGAGGAAAAUGUUCAGAUGAUGCUGAUGUUGAACAGAACGCAGCUGAUGAGGACAGACUUAUUGGAAAAUUCAAGGGCUCCAUGUGUAUCUACAAAGUUCCUCUAUCAGAUGAUGUCUCCAGAGAAAUGAGCUUUGAUAACAGCAUGGGCAUGUUCCAGAACAUUCCACACAACGACCCAAUAAACGUCCUGGUUCGAGUCUAUGUGGUCAGGGCAACAGAUCUCCAUCCAGCAGAUAUCAAUGGGAAAGCGGAUCCUUAUAUUGCCAUUAAACUCGGCAAGACAGAGAUCAAAGACAAAGAGAAUUACAUCUCAAAGCAGCUCAACCCUGUCUUUGGAAAAUCUUUUGACAUUGAAGCAACACUUCCAAUGGACUCCACCCUCACGGUCUCCAUAUAUGACUGGGAUUUGGUGGGAACGGAUGAUCUGAUUGGAGAAACAAAGAUUGACUUGGAAAACCGUUACUACAGUAAACACAGAGCAACAUGUGGCCUCAGCUCAAGCUAUGCAAUUCAUGGCUAUAACGUUUGGAGAGAUCCACUGAAACCGACACAAAUCCUUGCCAAACUCUGUAAAGAUAAUAAAAUGGAUUCGCCCCAGUAUGGGCCGGGGGGAAGAGUGAAGGUGGCCAACAGAGUUUACACGGGACCCACUGAAAUCGAGGAUGAAAAUGGACUAAAGAAACAGACGGAUGAGCAUCUGGCUCUCGCUGUACUGAAUCAUUGGGAAGAUAUUCCACGAACCGGCUGCAAACUGGUAUCCGAACACGUGGAGACGAGACCUCUCCUGAAUCCUGAUAAACCCGGCAUCGAGCAGGGGAGAAUUGAGAUGUGGGUGGACAUGUUUCCAAAAGAUAUGCCUGCUCCUGGACCUGCUCUUGAUAUUUCUCCAAGAAAACCCAAGAAAUUUGAGCUGCGCGUGAUCGUGUGGAACACGGAUGAGGUCGUUCUGGAGGACGAUGACAUCUUCACAGGGGAAAAAUCCAGUGACAUAUUUGUUCGAGGAUGGCUGAAAGGUCAACAAGAAGACAAGCAGGACACUGAUGUUCACUAUCAUUCACUAACCGGUGAAGGAAACUUCAACUGGCGCUUCCUUUAUCCUUUCGACUAUCUACAGGCAGAGGAGAAGAUUGUCAUUUCAAAGAAAGAAUCCAUGUUUUCC